CAGGGGAAUUACACAUUAAGGAGGUGGGGUCAGGUCUUGGGGCAUAAAAGGCUGAGCUGGUGCCCCUCAGCACCGCUCUUCCAGAAGCAAGACAAGCCAGAAGAUGAGUGCUCUGGGAGCUCUUGUCACCCUCCUGCUCUGGGGACAGCUUUUAGCUGUGGACAUUAGCAAUGAUGUCACAGAUAUUUCAGACGACAGCUGUCCUAAGCCCCCUGAGAUUGCAAAUGGCUAUGUGGAGCACCUGGUUCGCUAUCAGUGUAAGCCGUACUACAAGCUGCGCACUGAAGGGAACGGAGUGUACACCUUAAACAGUGAGAAGCAGUGGGUGAAUGAGGUCACUGGAGAGAAACUUCCAGAAUGCGAAGCAGUGUGCGGGAAGCCGAAGAACCCGGUGGACCAGGUGCAGCGCAUCAUUGGUGGCUCUCUGGACGCCAAAGGCAGCUUUCCCUGGCAGGCUAAGAUGAUCUCCCGCCAUCAUCUCACCACGGGGGCCACGCUCAUCAGUGAACAAUGGCUUUUGACCACGGCCAAAAACCUCUUCCUGAAUCACACAGAGAACGCCACGGCAGAGGAGAUUGCCCCUACUCUGAAACUUUUUGUGGGAAGAAGGCAGCCAGUGGAGAUUGAGAAGGUGGUUUUCUACCCGAACUAUUCCACAGUGGACAUUGGGCUCAUCAAACUCAAACAGAAGGUGCCUGUCAAUGAGCGAGUGAUGCCCAUUUGCCUGCCUCUGAAGGACUACGCGGAGGUGGGGCGCGUAGGUUAUGUGUCUGGCUGGGGGCGAAAUGCCAACUUUAGAUUUACUGAGCACCUCAAGUACGUCACCCUGCCCGUGGCUGAGCAGAACAAAUGUGUGGAGCACUACGAGGGCAGCACAGUCCCCGAGGAGAAGACCCAGAAGAGCCCUGUAGGGGUGCAGCCCAUCCUGAACGAGCACACCUUCUGUGCCGGCAUGUCCAGGUACAAGGAGGACACCUGCUAUGGUGAUGCUGGCAGCGCCUUUGCCGUUCACGACCUGGAACAGGACACCUGGUAUGCAGCCGGGAUCCUGAGCUUUGACAAGAGCUGCACUGUAGCCGAGUAUGGGGUAUACGUGAAGGUGCCCUCCAUCCUGGACUGGGUUCGGAAAACCAUGGCCGACAACUAAUGCAAGGCUGGCCGGAAGCCCUUGCCUGGUAGCAAGGGAAAGGUGGAUGGGGCAGGAUCGGUUCUGAGCUGCUGGGCAUCAGCCCUGCACUGCUGUGUCAGUCAAUAAAGAGACUGCUUUAGACUCA